AUGUCGAAUGUAGCUGCGACAAACGAGGCACAUUUUAAUGCCUCUGCUUCAACAUAUGAAAGCCGUUUUGCAGAGGCCCUUCGAAUUAUCGGCAAUGAGGUUGGAGAACGUUCUGGAUGGAUUUGCCCUCGAUGGGCCGAUAUGACCGGCAAUGCCAAAUCGUUCAGGAUGCUUGAUUACGCAUGCGGUGCAGGGUCCAUGACUCGAGCAUUACUGUCUCAUGUUUCAGAGGUCAUUGGAAUCGAUAUCUCCCAAAACAUGGUUGAAGAAUAUAACAAGAACAUUACUGCUCUGGGGUUACCAGCAGACAAAAUGUUUGCUAAGAAGGGAAACCUGUUGUCAGAGAAGCCCUCGGAGGAAUUCUCAGAGCCGGAGUAUUUCAAUUUCGAUCUCGUCAUCAUCGGCUUUGCUCUUCAUCACUUUGAGUCCCCAGCCUUUGCAAUGAAGAGGCUUGUUGAGAGACUGGCGCCUGGGGGAAUUUUGGUUGUGUUGGACUUCACCGAACACACCCUCAAAGUCGAAGAAGGGGUCACAGCAUCUGGCUUUGGCCCUGGCUUAAGACGGCAGUUUGAGGACGCUGGCGUAGGAGACGAGUUUGAUUAUGUGAUACCAGAUAGGGGAGUGAUGCACGGAAAGCCCCCCAAGGAGUUGCGGUAUUUUCUCGCUCGUGGAGAACGACCGAAGAGCACCACACUACAGAGCUAG